CCUUCUGAAACACCAGAGGUUGUCUAAGACUAUGUAACCCCUCAGUUCUGGUGUGUAUAGGUUCAAAAAUGACAGACGAACGUACAAGGCUCCUCGGGCCUUCAAAUGAGGCUGUCAAGCGCAGAGGAUAUGCGCUCUCAUCACUCAUAUUUACAGUACCACUCAUCAACGUCUACAUUCUCUACAAACUAGACCCGCAACUGUAUCAACUGAGGCUGGUUUCAGUCAUAUACUCACUAUUCUGUGUCUCUAUCGCUAUCUUGGGUGUCUAUGGAGUAAUCACCAAAAGUUCACAGGCACUCAAAACUUCAAUCGUACUUCUCAUUAUCGAAAACGCUCUCUCAAUCAUUGUUGCACUUGUAGUGCUUUACAUGUACUAUAAAGGAAUCAAGGCAUUGCGAAAUGAAGACAUUCUACUCUCGAGUUAUCUCAAGAAAAUACACAAUGCACUUGUUUUCUCACUAUCGCUAUACGUUAUUUCAAGGUGUUUUGUCUUUAUACCAGCUGCUCAUAUAAUCGAGCUGGAAGCAAGAUGUGAAGCAGCCCAAAAAACUGUCCAGGAACAGGAUGAAGAAAAGUUUACUAUUGAUGUUAAGGAUAAUGAAUUUUGA